AUGGAUAUCCCAAUCAUCUCAAUCAAGCCCUUCUAUCAACCACCUUCGCGCAACGAAAACCGCGCGCCUGAAUCGCCCACCAUUCAGAAGACGAUCCAGGCCCUCCAACUACAGCCUCACCCGGAGGGAGGUUAUUACUGCGAAACAGAUCGCCAUCCGCUCCGGAUUCCAAAUCCCUACUGUGACGACAUGGACAACAGAAAGACAGUCACAGAGACAGAUGGUGAGAAAGCUACCCGGUCAGCGAGCACUACGAUCUACUACUUCAUCACGCCGGGUUCGCCGAUGGGGUAUUUCCAUCGAAACCGGAGUCGCACGGUGCAUACCCUUCAUCGUGGCCGAGGUCGGUACGUCAUCUUACAUGCCGACCGGGCGAAGGAGAAUGGAGGGAUAGCGCCCAUUGAAUCGUUUGUGGUGGGCCAUCGGAUUGAAAAGGGAGAGCGACUGCAAUGGGUGGUGGAUGGCGGAAAGUAUAAAUGCAGUUAUCUGUUGCCUGAUUCUGAUGGCGACUUGCCUGACGAUAACAAGUCAGAGGGGUUGUUAAUCAGCGAGACCGUUGUUCCAGGAUUUGAAUUCUAUGACCAUGACUUCCUGACGGCGGAGAAGAUGGAGCAACUGCUGACUACUGAACAGGUUGAGGAGCUGAAGUGGAUGGUAAGGGAGACCUGA